UGAAUUGCACAAGAAAUAUAAAUAUAACUAAAGUCUUGGUAUAUACAACCAAAUUCAACUUUGGUGGUCCAAUUUAUAUUAAUCCAAAUUCCACUCUUAUAUAUUCAUCUAAGCAACCUCCAAAUUGUUUCUUAAUUAUAUUACAACACAAUGCAAGAAAUUUACACGAAGUCACAAACAUCUUCAAUGAUCGAGUUCAUAAGGGAGAACCUGAAAUAUUGGCUGCUAGAGCACCCAUCGAUUGUAUCUUUCAGGUGGAGUCCUACCCAAUCAUGGGGCUCCACGUGGUGGUUUCUCAUCUCAGCUAUCUUUUUUUACAUCGCAACCGCAGUAACAAUCCACGUCAUCCUCAAACUAUGUCGUUGGAAGCGUCCCGUUCCGUUGGGCCUACUUCCCGCAAUUCACAGUCUCUCCAUGUCGUUAAUCUCCGUAACAAUAUUCAUCGGCAUGUUUUUCUCCGCCGAAGCUGAGGUUCGGGACACUCGUUGGCUUUGGCAACGAACCCGAACCACACCGUUUGAAUGGUUACUUUGUUUUCCUUUAGGGAAUUUCCAUAUGGUGUUGUUUGGUUGCAAUUUGGCGUGUCAUGUUGGAGUACUUAUGUUGCAUUACUCUAGAGGAGGGUGUAAUGGAAUUGGAGCAUGGGUUUUUAAUUCUAUGUUGAAUGUUUUAAUUCUUUUGCAUUUUUUGAAGUCCUAUGUCGAUACACAAUGGCAGAAGAAGGAUGUCAUGGGUACCUCUUCUUCCAAACGCGAGGACGGAACGGUUCAACCGAUUAAAUCUUGAGUCAAUGAAUAGUUCGAUUACGAUUUUAUUUUGGUUUAAACGAUUUAGAGUAGUUGAAUUAUAACUCUUCGUCGGCUCAAUUUUUAAAAAAUUGAGUUCAAACACAUGAUAAAAAUGCCAAGUCAAAGACAUAUAACUUUGACAAUCAAUAUAGUCAAGUUUAUUAUUUGAGUAUUGAAGAGGCAUUAUGAAUGCUACCCUCCUUUUAUUCCCCCAUAAUUUCCUCCUUUAAUUUAUUUAGGUCCACAUUUUUUUUUUGUAAAUUAAUGCAAGAAAAUGUAAUGAUACUGUAAAGUUACAUAACUUGUAAAUUGAUGGUUUCUAAAAUUUUCAUUUAUUUAGGUUUACAGUCUUCUUUUUGAAAUUAAUUUUAUUCAAUGUAGUGUAAUACUAUGUAAGGAUAAAGACCUUGUAAAUUGUUGACUUCCAAAUUUUUGGAUGGAAAUGUUUAAUUAUGUAUUAGGUAGUAUGCAAAACAAAAAUGUAUAUUACAUCAUAACUAUAAUAACAUAAAUCGUUACUGAAAUAUUUUGA